UUAGGUUUGACCCCAAAAGAAGAGGCACUCCUCACGGAAAUAAGAAAAAGAAAGUCGGAGUUGCUGGAUGAAAUUCAGGUAUUGAGCCAUAUAACUUAAAUGUUAAUUUAAACAGAAGUUUUGUAAUCACUUUUGGAGUUUUCACAGCGAGUAGCUUAACUAACAGACAGCAAAUAAUAUUGCAACUUAAUUAACAGGUCAAUUAACAGUCUAACACUACCAACUGACAAUAUACUGUACAACUCACUUUGAAUUUGAAGAUGACCACUGUACAAGUUGUUGAAACAUCAGUUACUGUCAACAACAGUCCUAUUUCAGUGGCAGAUCCAGACCUUCAGGUAAGAGGGGGGCCUCAGUCUCAAAAAAAUCCUUUUUGGCCUUUUGGGCCUCAUUUUGGUCUAAAAAUAUGGGAAGGGGUGGGGCGGGGCCCCCUGGGCCCCUCCCCUGGAUCCGCCACUGUAUUUAGAACUAUACUCACCAAUCGAUCAUAAUCAACCCUCAUUCUAUUGUUACUAAACAACUGUAUUCUUCUUUAAUGAAAAUGAGAAUAAUUAUAAUCUUUGUAGAAACUGGACAUAUUUUUUUGUAGCAAUUCAGUCCUUAAGUGCAGAGAAAAGGUCUCAAGUCUAUGCAACCUAGAUCACUGAAGCUUGUUUUGUGGGUUGUUUCAGGGCUAACUAAGUAAUUGCCUCUCUCUGACCACAUUUUCCACUAAUGUUUGUUACAGCGUCUCAAGGCCGAGAUUGCAGAGGUUACUGCAGAAAUGGACAGUGUGGAUCAGAGGGAAAAUGGGUAAGUUGAAUAAGAGAACAUUUUAAGCUGCUCAGAUCAUAGGAAUCCUACAGGGUAAUAGUUUCAGUUGUUGUACAUACCUCAUCUUUUUUUUUACUUUACCAUCAACUUUUGCAAUCAAAAGGUGCAAACUUUUUUUAUUGAUGAAGCAUGUCUCCCGAUCACUUGAAUAAAGCUUAGAGUGGCUGUUAUGAAAUCCAGUAAAUGUAUAAGAUCAUGUCGCGGGUGACAUCAUAAUGCCAGUUUUUAUGGUCUGCCUGUGGUAGUACAAGUAUAAAAUAAAUAAAUGUUAACCUGUCAAGGAUAGCAAAUUACUCUUAGACUAGUAGUCGAAGGUGUGGGGCCAACGAACCUAUUAUGUCCAGUUUUGUGCCAAUUUUCUCUCUUGGUCGUGGAUUUUUUGUUUGUCACUUUUAGGAGGCCCUGUUAGGGUAAAAUUCCGACAAGCAACAUGGCCUUGAAACAGUGACAUGGGACAGUAGAAAUGGCGACAAACGACACAAAGAUGGGUUGAAACUUCAACAGCGACAGAGAAAAGCACAAAUACAAUAGUAAAAUACCGACAGCGACAUGGCUUCCUCCUCAAUGCAAAAUGACAGGUUUUAAGAUUCAGACGAGGGACAUACGUAACCCCCCUGAGAGGACCUCACUAACAACAUUAACCAUAACUUUUUUGUCUUGUUUUCGAAUUCAAACAAAAGGAGAAAAGUCUAACCAAGUGAUUUUAAAUUAUUUGCAACACCUUUUUUAAUACAUAUCAUUGGUUUGGUGGUUUUUAUUAUUAUUAUUAUUUUUUUUUUUUAAGUAGUUAAGUAUUGAAAGUAUAGCGUGCAUGUGUUUGUCCUGUGGUCUUACCACCCUGUAUGUCUUUUAGUUUAUUAGACAUAAGAUUUCUUUGUUGAAACAAACUGUUUUCAAAGUUCUAGAGAAGACCCAAGGGCUAAGCAGUUAUCUACUGGAAAAAAGAAGUUCAACAUUGAUCCUGAUAAGGUAAAAACUACUGGACCCAUUAGUCAGUGGUUAAUAUUUUCCUCCAUAAAUGCUUUAUGUUAUUAUUAUUAGAUUUUGAUUGAUUGAUUGAUUGAUUUUUUUUUCUUAUUUAUACAAAUGAAAUUCAAGACAUUAUUUUUGAAAUUUAUUGGCUUAGAUAAGUAAGUGAAAAGAGUGGUGCUAGACAUGACCACACCAUGCAUCAAGGGUUCACUUACAAAAUUUUAUAGUCAGUGGAAAAAAAUAAUACCAACAGCCGUAAAGUGGUUGUGGUCGCUUAUGAAAGUUGGUCAUUUACAAGAGGUUCUAAUUAUAGGCUGGGAAAAUUUUGAUGUUUUUGGAUAGGUGGUCACUCGUGAAAGUUGGGACUGUAUGCUGUUACUUGUGGCGUAUUUUAAUACUUAAUUUUGACUCGGUCUUUCUGUCUUACAGGGAUUGGAAUACCUUAUCACUAACAACUUGCUGAAUAACACCCCAGAGGACAUUGCUGAGUUCCUUAUGAAUGAAGAAGGCCUAAAUAAAACUAUGAUUGGAAAUUAUCUUGGAGAAAAGUAAGAAGAAUAGUUAUUUAUAAACAAAGUACAUGUUAAGGCAAAAGCAAACACCUGGAAGCUACAUGGUUAUGGUUUACAGGGGUACAAUGUAAUUCGUACACCACUAAGAAAAUGACUAAUUAUAAUAUACCAUUUUUCCUUGAAUAAGAACCCACACUCUAAUAAGCGCCCUUCCCCGAAUAAGCACCCACCCCUAGGCCAUAAUGUCAAAGAAGCACCCUCUUCCCCCUCCACAUGACUUUUAGAAAUAGUAGGGAUACAGGAGGAAUGCAACAACCUGUAUAUCAUUGACGAGGAUGAUUUCAAUGAUGAUGAGGUAAUCAACAUAAACAUACAUACGAAUACAUUAGUGUAAAAUGGAUAAUGGGACUACGGUAGGCUUGCGUACUGACUUCUGUUUUAAUGAAUGUUUAUUGUUUAUGUGGAUAAUGUUGUAGUGAUUGCUUUGGGUUUUCAGUUUCAAAAAGAUUUUUUUAAAAUUUAAUUACAGUUAGUUGAAAGAAAAACUUUAUAAGCUUCCCCCUUGAUUAAGUGCCCUCCUUUAAACAAACACCCCUCUGUUUAGCCGGAAUUUUGAAUAAGUGCCUGGGUGCAUAUUCAGGGAAAUACAGUAGUCAAUAAUAAUCCAAAAGAAGUGCUAAGCUCCCUUACUGUUUCUUUGUUCCUCCUAGGUCAGUAACUCUUUUUUGCUUUAUUGGUAGUUUACAUGUAAUUCUUAAGGGGAGACAAGGAAAUCCUAUGUAAAUGGAAAGGUUUAGAAACUGAAAGUAUUUUAACUUUAGGCUUUUCAGUGGAUUAAAUUAAUAAUUUCUGCAAUUUUUUACUAAACUUCAGCUUACAAGAGUCAUUCAUAAAUAUUUUAAGAAAAGCUUAUCACUCACCCAAAAUUUCUGGGAGUUUUGGUGUGAAAUUGAAAAUAAUCUGUCAGUCCCAAGAGAGGUAAACCUAAAUGUAUUUUUUUAUUUAUGUCAGUCUUAAUCAUUAUUUUUAUUGCCUCCUUGUACAACUUAAAUAAUAAUUAUUUCAUUUAUCUUAAUCCACAGUGCAGAUUUUAACUUGGAUGUGUUUCGAAUCUUUGUGGAACUGCAUGAUUUUAAGGGAAGAUCAUUGGUAGAUGCCCUGAGGUAAAUUCCAUUUGAUCUAAUAUGACUUUUUUGGCACAAUGCAGCUAGCUUAACAUUAGUCUGUGAGCAAGCUCUCAUGGGGUUCCUGGGGGUAGGGUGGUGGGGGAGUGAAGAGGGGAAGGAGAGCUUACACUCGCGUCUCAUAAAUUUGAAUAUCUGCAUCCCAGAAUUCAUUCAUUCAUUCAUUCAUAACUUUAUUUAUUUUGGAUUGUAGAGUAGCACAUAGAGCUAUUAUCCCCAAACUACAUAAUAUAAAAACCGACAAAAAAACAACAGCAACAACAACAAAAAAAUAAAAUACACAACUCUUAGUAAAAAAUUUAAUAUAGUCUUUAAUAUUGCAUUUAAAACAAGCAAGCAUUUCAGACAUUUCGAUAUUAUCAGUCAGGUUAUUCCAGGCAUGAGGAGCAAAGUAUCUCUAUGAUUGCAAACCAUAGGUGGUCAUCUUAACAUGCAAUAUUGCCAGCUUGUUAUAGCCCUCUCUCAAAUCAGAAUAGGUUGCGAAAUGUUGAUUGGUUGAUUUCUAAUCAGGCAAUGACGUAAAGUUCCCUCAGGAGAGUUACUUGUAGGCUAACAGGCUAGACACCUUCACUGCCGUGAAACGUGUCACAUAUUUCACAUAUUGCUCUAACAAUAAGAUCUCUUUCAGAGAUUAAUCACUUUUAAAAUUACACUAUGGGUGGGUAAUUUGUUAGUUGCUUUAGCUUCUUUGCAGAAGAAAGAAAAGGACUUGCGGUAGAGUUUAUAUUGUGGCAGAGGGGAAAAAAUGUAUAAUUUUAGCAUCUUAUGCAACAGGCAAAUUGAGUUUGGUGUAUUCCUGUCAAUUUGUAAUCUGUUUUAAUAGCAGGAGAGAGAUGCAAUUUAUUUAGUUGUUCUAGACAUCUUUGUUUCAAAACACUUUUGGAGAAACGAUAUUCUGAGUUCAAUGUAUGCCACAAAGCUUACAAAAUAUCCUGUUGUCUCAAUGCCGAGGGCUGAAGCUGGCGCUAGCAGUGGUUUGCCACUUUUUGAAUGGUCUUCUUUUGAUCUGGCACCCUCAAUGACUUGCCUAUGAAAACGAGAACUCAACAAUUUUCUGGUGUUUCAUCUUUUCACUGCAGUUUCUUUUACUCGUGGGAAAUUUAUCUUUUGCACACUGUUUCUAUGUUUGUUAACAUUUGACGCAUAUUUCCACUCCAUGCCGAUUGGCCAAAACUGACAGCUCUGUCAAUGGCCUUAGCCACAGGGGGCACAGAGAUGGAAUUCAAUUCCUGAAACGUGACUGCAAGCUCUCCCUCCUUUUUUGCCCUGCUGCCAGAGGGCCCCGGGAAAGCUUGCUUGCAGCUUGUAACAUGUUUUUCUUCAACCCUGUCAGGGUGAAAUGAAAACAAGUAAUGGCUUUUUAAUACAACUUGUAUUUAUUUGAUGACUUUGCAGAGAGUUUUUGUGGAGUUUUCGUCUUCCUGGUGAGGCCCAGAAAAUUGACAGAAUGAUGGAAGCAUUUGCCAAGAGAUAUUGCGAUCAAAACCCUGGAGUGUUUACGUCAUCUGGUAUGCCAAAAAAUAUUACCACAUGAUAUAAAGUGUGAUGAUGAUAAUAAUAAUAAUAAUAAUAAUUAUAAUUAUAAUAAUAAUAAUAAUAAUAAUAAUAAUAAUAAUAAUAAUAAGGGUUUGAAUAUAUUAUGAGGCCCUCUAAGGGGGGGGGUGGGGGGGGGGUGAGGUAUGUCCCUAGUCUGAAUUUCAAAACCUGUUGUUUCACAUAUAUGGGUGCAUUUAGGAGGAAGCCAUGUCACCAUUGUUAUUUCACUAUUAAUUUAUUAUAUUUGCCGUUUUAUUUGUGGCUGUCACAGUUUCAAGCCAGCUUUGUGUCGCUAUUCAAGGCCAUGUUACUUGCUGGAAUUUUACCCUUACAGGGCCUUAUAGCAAUUUUUAGAAUCAAGAGAUUUUGAAGUGAAAGUACGUAGCCAGGUUAAAUAGUUAUAAGAAAGACUUUUUUGAUUGAGGUGUGCUACGUACCAUUAAAUGGUAUAUAACUUUAAUUUAUAUAUAGCUGAUUCAAUAAAGGUUGCUUUGGGCGUUAGGAAUUGGGCAUUGGGAAGCUAUUGUUUGGUGGUCACUCAAAUCAUUGCAUUGUUCCAUAUGCUCAAAUGACCAAUUACCAAAGCAACCUUUUUUUGAUGUGGCUGUAUAAACAAUAACUAAUUUUUCUUGACCAACAGAUACCUGUUAUGUUUUAAGUUUCUCACUUAUCUUGUUAAACACAAGUCUUCACAACCCAAGCGUCAAGGAUAAGGUGAGAUGAAGACUUUACUUCUACUUACUCUGUUACGUUAUAAAAAGUAAUUUAUUAUAUAUUGAAGGUAAUGGAGAGAAUUAACACAUGUAUUUUUGCAUGCCAAUUUUGUCCUAUUUCACAGAAGGCUGCAAUUUUAAGUUUUCAUUUGCCAGAAAUUAAUGAGGUGUUAAAUCUCUGUUACAGCAAACCCCCAGUUUAAAUGCACCCAAGGAUGGUUUUCUCCUAAAUACAUUGAAAACACUUUUUAGGCAAUCCACAGUAUUAUUUUUAGACCUCUAGAAAUGUAUUUGAAGCAUGCACUAUAUUGUAUCUGUUCUGUCAUCCUAGGGGAACUUGAGUGUUUUUAAAAUUACAAGGGCUUCACUUAUUAUUUUCCCAUAAACAAUAGAUGCUAUUUAAAGAAUUAUCAAAGUGAAAAUUUUUCUGCUCUCUCCAUUACAUUUUUUAAUCCAAAAAUUUAAUGUUUCUUUUUCUAUGAAAUAUAGCUUUAACUAGGGAGAGAAAUGAAAAAAAAAUUGAACUUCAAAAAAUCAUAGGGAAUUUAAUAGAUAAGCUUCAAAAAUCGUAGAUAAAUGGAAUGUUCAUCUAGGAAUUUUUAGCUGCCCCUCAUACUAUAGAAAAUUCUAGGCAGUAUUUGCUUCUUCAAACCAUUAUUUUAGAGAAAACAAUAUUGUUGGGUGUCCAUGACAGUUGGGGUGACACAUGUACAUAUUAUGUAUAGGCUUACUGCCCUGUUACAGUGAAUGGUGGUUUACUAUUCCACUUUGCUCUUUCCAGCCUACCAUUGAAAGGUUUAUUCAAAUGAACAGAGGAAUCAACUGUGGAGAAGAUCUUCCAACUGACAUUCUGACGGUGGGAACUACUUGCUUCCUUUGUCAUUGUUUUGCCUUUUAAAUGUGCAAACAAAAUAAUCAUGGUUCUCACUUGCAUUCUAUUAUUGAUAUUCUCCUUUUAUUGGUUAAGUGUUGGAUAUACCCAUUUCAGACUUCUUGACUUUUUUCCUCUAUGAAUUUUAAUAUUUUAAAUUCACCUAAACUUAAAGUAGCAGCCUGCUAGCAGGACCUUUCUUUCACUUGCUUGAUUUUGGAAUACAGUCAAACCUCUUUAAUACGGACUCCAAAGGGACAGAACCAAGUGUCCGCUUUACAGAGGUCUCCGUAUUAUAGAGGUAGGGAAUGUAUGAUUUUUAGCAUUUCUAGGACCAAAGGUACUGUCCGUAAUAGAGAGGUGUCCGUAUUAUAGAGGUGUCCGUAAGGAGAGGUUAGACUGUACUUGAGAAAGACUCUGCAUUAAUUGAGUAAGAUCUAUGUUGAGCAUGUUCUUCUUAUUCCUGGGAUGCAGUUUUGAAUCCAGGCCUAAUAGCCAUGUGUUUGGUACAUCGAACUCAGUUAUUACUAUAAUGUUAUCAAUGAAUGGAUGCUCGCACUUGGUCACAGGGCUGUCACUUAGAUUCUAAGCUGCUGCGUAAAUAUAACAAGUAGGCGGAAUUCAAACAGCUAGGGAUAACCAGGUAAAGAGUACAGCGGCAUGAUCCAUUUGCUGUAGUAUUAAUGAAGAUUAAGUCAGUAUCAUUUUGUUUAAUGAAUUUUUGCUUAUUGUAGAGCUUGUUUGAAAGCAUCAAGAAUGAGCAAUUCAAGAUCCCAGAAGAUGAUGGCAAUGAUAUCACCAGGACUUUUUUCAAUCCAGAUAGAGAAGGCUGGCUCACAAAAGAAGGUAAAAUUUGAUCUCCCGGGGCAUUGAUCCAGGAUGUAAUUCUUUUGAAAUAACAUCCACUGACCAAGGCAUUGCAGAUUUAUUGGAGAAUGUUAUUUCCCUGUCAGAUUUUAACCGUGGCAGGAUUAGCUCAGUCGGUAGAGCGUUUGACUGCAGAGCGGGAGGUCGCGGGUUCGAUUCCCAGGGCCGGACCAUUACUCAGGGUCUUAAAAUGACUGAGAAAUGAAGGUACUUCCUUUCCACUGCAAGCGGCGAGACCUUCGCGUGGCUCGGAUGACCACGUAAAAUGGCGGUCCCGUCUCCAUUAGGAGACGUAAAUAUAGAGUCCCCGAUUAGCACUUUCGCGCUAAAUACAUUGACACUCAAAUAAAAAGUGCAAGUGCAAGAGCAUUUAUAUCGUUCUUUAAUGUUUUAUUUUCUGCUACCCUCAAAGAACAAUAUUUAUUACAUUUCAAUUUCAUUAUCAGUGCUUUUUAAUCUCUUACUUCACUGGAGAAGUGAUAAGCCUUGUUUUUCAAUGUAAAAUACGAAAUUAAGAGAUCUACAUGUAAGUAACUUCCAAUAUUCAUGUUUUAUGUUUCAACACUUGUUUUGUAAACAAUGUUAAUCAAUCAGUUUCACACUUUAUUUUUAGGUGGUUUGCACAAAAGUUGGAGAAAGCGAUACUUUAUCCUUAAAGAUAACUGCUUAUAUUACUUCAAGAAUGUCGGGGUAAGAAAAACGUAUAGUAACUUCUCAAACUCAUCAAUAAUUCAUGAAGAAAAUACAAAGUUUAGUGAAAGGAAAUUAAUGCUUAAUGAGUUAGUGUUUGGAAUUCAGAUGAAAAACUGCUCAUUUUUGAAUCCUUAAUUUCUCCUUCUAAAAUCAUUUUGUUUGAGAAGUAAUAUCACCUCAAAGUUCGUCAAAAAUACUCAGCUGCGCGUCGUAUUUUCAACUCUCAUCUCAGUGUUUCAUCUGGUGAUCAAACACUGUGUCUCAUGAUUGAUAUAUUACCUGACUAGGUUUUUUGUGUGUAUCCUGGUCCCCGGGAUCACAUUAUGGUAAAAAAUGUUGUAUAAAAGGGUAAGGAGCAGAGGGGUUGGACCUUGGGUUGGAGCCUCUUCAUGUAACACAGUAGAGUACAUGCCAUUCCACUUCCCCCUACCAGGUCCUGGUCAUUGCUAACCAGUAAGUGAAAUUAUCUUAUACAUACCCACCCUUAUUCUCAAUGGUUGUAAUAAAUGAAGGGCUUCGUGCAAGAACGUCCUUAGGGUUUUUAAGUCAUUUUUGACAGUGCUUUAAAAUUGCUUAAUUUUGUAAUGUCACUCUUGUUUUAGCAGACAAAUAAGCACUGUUCAGAACUUUUUUCCUCUGGUUUGAGCUUCGUUUUCGAGAAAUAAAGUGUGCUAACAAUUCUCACUUUCCUAGCGGCGUUACUGUGCUCCCUGGUAGAUGUCCAAUUGUCAUUUACCCAGCGAUCAAGGGUUUCUUUCUGGCAUGGCUUUGCGUUUGCGUGGCUUAUCGGCCCGGUAGUUGGUUUGUUUACGCCCUAUUUCUCGCGGGGUGUAAACAAACCAACUACGGGACUGACAAGUCACGCGAAUGACUUUGUAAAUGCUAAAAGCCAUGCCGGAAAGAAAUCUCUGCUCGUAGGGUAAUUAUCAUUAUGAAGACGUAAUUAAUGAAUGGUUUUUAUUUCACAGGACAGGGAGCCUCGUGGUAUUAUUCCCUUGGAAAAUCUUCAAGUGAGGGAAGUCCAAGAUUCCAAAAGAAAGGUAACACUUUCUCUGAUAGUUUUAGGUGGAAAACAAUAAGUUUUAAAAAGGUUUAUAUUUCUUUAAGAUUGUAAGCAUUGUAGCUAACUGUACUCUGCUUUUGUUUCUUUUUUCAGUAUUGCUUUGAGAUAUAUUCUGCGGAUAAUUCUUCUAGUCUCAUAAAGGCUUGUAAAACAGACUCCGAAGGAAAAGUUGUGGAAGGUCUGUUCUGAUGAAUAAUACAGUCACUGUUGAGUACUUUGUUUCUGCCUUAUUAGCGUGAUGUUCUUUCCAAUCUGAUAAACCACUGUUUUGUUUUUUGUAGGUCACCAUGAUGUGUAUCGUAUAUGUGCAGAAUCAUCUCAGGAAAGAGAAACUUGGAUUGGUUGUAUAAAGUGAGUUUCAUUUUGAUGUGUCCAGGCUCUUUUAAAUACACGUUUUCUUGAGUAGAAUGAGGUGAAUUCAUUCCCUUGGCAAGAGCAUCUCUAAGAAGCAAUUAGCCUGGGUACUAGCAAACGUUUCCACGCGAGUUUGUCGAGAAAGUUCGGACGAGUGCAAAUUAGGGGAAUGAAGGUGAGGGGUGGGGGGGGGAGAGAAGUAAACUCCUCCUUCCACUUCCCCCUCCCCCUUCGAUCUUCCAUUUCUUUUGCUUCCACUCCAGCUUUCGCGCGAUGGCUAGGAUGUGCAACUCAGUUAAAUGACAUCUUGGAUUUGUCAUUAUCUUCUAAUCUUCUUCCUUGUUUGAUUAUAAUCACAGCAUAAUUAAGUUUUCAGUUUACUCCUUUUUUUUAAUCAGGGCCAGUAUGAUAUUUGAUCCAUUCUAUGACAUGCUUCAAGCAAGAAAGAAGAAAGUAACGCAAGCGGCAUCAAAUUGA